AUGGAAACGGUGUGGGGAUUCGCGGGAGGAGUGGAUGUUGCUGGUGUCAGCAUGAGCCACGUCCUCGGCUUCGGAACUUUGGACACCGGCGCCUUCAUGGGCGUUCACGUGAAGGGCGGCGAGUCGGCCGCAGGGAACUUCAUCAUCUCCGCGCAGCAGCACUGGAAGCAGACAACCCACACUCGUGGGAUGGCCUUGAUGGGUCUGAAACUGGAGGUGCCAUACCAGCUGUCUGAGACGUCGGGGGAGACGCUGAGCAUUUGUGGCCUCGAGUGGUAUCGGUGCUCUGAGCUGCGUGAUACCACGCUCUGGGGCCAAAGCUGUGAGAAGCACCAGACAUUCCUGCUGUUGGUGGAGGUUCGGGAGAGCUUCGUGGAGACGUGGUUUGGCAGUCGCCGGAAUCAGCUUAGCAUUGCCGCGACACCGGAACUGAAAGGCAUCGUGGGGCGGGGCGCCGCGUCUGCCAUUGCUGCCUUCUUUGCCGCCUUGGACGGGGCCCUGGACGUGGGCCUCUCCUGCAUGGCCGCCAACCUCUCCAGCACCCUCUCCAAGACGCUCUUGGAGAGCUCCCCCGCCUGGGCGGCCCUGAAGGGCGGCUGCAAGGUCGAGGACUUCGGCCGCGAGUGGCUGAAGCAGUUCAUCCAGCUGCAGCUGCUGCGGCUCCUGAGCCAAGUGGGUGUUCCCGGGACCGCCCUCCAGCUGUUGGUGCUGCUCAAGGCUGCAGUGUCCGGCACGCCCCACGGCUGGAUCCUGGCCUACAUCGUGGUGCCGCUGCUCCUGGAGCUCUUCAAGACUGCCUCGGUGCAAUGCGUGCUUGGCCAAGUCUCCAAGGCGGUCGUCGCCUGCGCGGCUUCCCUGAAGGAGUGGGUCGCGCAAGCCCUCGCGAUGCUGGGCAAGUUCCUCGCGGAGGUGGCAGGUGUGGUGACGGCGACUGCAGCCGGCAUAUCCACCGCUUCGGCGGCCUCCGCGGCCCUGGCUCCCUCGGCCUGCGUCGCGGGGUCACAAAGCCUGGGCACGGUGGCCGUGAGCUUGGGCCUCAUGGCCACACCCGCUGCGCCGGCGGGCGCCGUGCUGGGGGUGGCCUCGGUCAGCGGCGUGGUGGUCGGCGCGGUGGUGUUGUUUGGCUUCAAGCACGCACAGAUGCUCUGGCAGGAGGAGUUCAGCCUUGGCAGCUGGCACCAGCGCUUAGAAAAGGACUCCCUGGUCUCCGUGUUCAUCACGAAGCCCAGACGGAGGUGGGUGGAGGGGCGAGUUUGCCACGCGUCGGCGAAGCGGGUGAGUGUGAAGUACUUCCUCGGAAACGAGGAGCAUCAAAUUCCCUUGGACCCAGACUGUAGCCGCCUGCGUCCUGGUGGGGCUGAUGGUGCUGUCUUGGCUAUCUCCGUCAUUGACCUCGCAUCCCCCGUGGACUUGCAGAGUUGUGUGGUACUACCUGGCCGCUCUGGUGGCAUUCUCAGCAUUAGCAGCUUGCCUUGCAAGGUCAGCUUUGGGAGCUUCGAAGAUGGAAUUCAGGUGUGGAUGCAGGGGAAGGAAAUUGGACAGACAUUUGGCAGCCAGGACUCCCGGUCCUACGUGCUGCUGCGGCCCGGCGGAGCGGUGGAAGGGAUAUCGGGAACUUUCAACCCACCGCAUCGCGGGCACGUCCGCAUUGGCCUGCAGACCAAAGUCCAUCUGAACGCGCUCGGGCACCACGUGGGCGCCAUCUGCUACGUGCCCGUGCACGACAACUACAUGCUUAACAAGCAGACGCUGGCCUCGAAAUCGAAAAGCGGUGUUCCCAAGGACGAGCUGGGUGCUUCGGAGAUUUUCUUCCCCAUGGCCCGGAGAUGCGAGCUGCUGCAAGAGCUGGUGGACCAGGAGGGGCCGGAGGCCAAGGCGAUCUGCCACGUCCUGGACUACGAGUUGCGGCACGGGACGCAGCUCCUGGAGGACUCGCCCAACUACUGGGCCAAGCGACUGCCGGAAGGCUACCUUCGCACGGUGCCGACGAAGGCCUUGCUCAACCACUUCGCCGCCCACUCCCCGCUGGUGAAGGACGGCAUGCGACUGGCGGCAGUCUUCGGCGUCGACAACCUCGCGGGCAUGGCUUCCUGGAACAACCCAGCGGAGCUGCUGGAGAAGACGGACCUGGUCCUCAUCUCGCGGCAGGCUGAGGCCGUCCAGCUGGGCCAGGACCCCAGCGCGCUCUUCUCGGCAAUGCGCCGGUUCCAGAUCGACGCGCAGGUGGUGGUCAAGUAUGGCGAGACGGAGCUAUUCGGGUCCAGCCUGGGAUCCUUCGAGAACGCCUCCGCCUCCGGCGCCGCGUCCCUAUUUCUGCUGCCGGCGCUGGAGGGGCCGGAUGAGGCCCUGAGCUCCUCGCGUGUCCGGGAGAGCGUCGUCAGCAACGCGCGCUUAUUGCAAGAGCACGGCUACUCGAGGAUGGCGCUGGUCCGCCUUUGCCAGGAUGUCCUCUCCAGCGCCGCGGCGCUGGAGGCGGCGCACGCCGAUGCGCAGGUAAGCAUGGACUAG